GUGGAUUUGUUUUGGCCUAGUUUGAAAGCAAGUAGUACUUCUUCUUCUAACCCAUUGUGCACGACCGCUACGCUGUUUCUAGAUCAUCAUCAUAUUCUCCUUCAAUAUUCAUUCCUCUUUCACAGUUUCUUCAAUCAAUUCAUUACGAUCAACCAUGCAUCAAGGUGAUUACACCUCUGCUCCAUAUUACCAAUUCCCACACAUGCAACAAAACCCAAACCCAAUCCCCAAUCCUACACCCCCUCAAUCCGAUCCAAUUCCUAAUCACUACGCUUCUGCACCCCCCUUUACUCCCAAUUACGAUUAUUCUUCUACCUAUUCUCCUUACCCUCCUCAUAAUCCCGAUCACGUUCCUUCCUCAAACCCUAGUUUCAAUCCUCCUCCUUUCGAAUCAUCUAAUCCUCUUUAUCAACAACCUUCACAACCUUAUUACCCACCCUACGAUCAACAACAUCAAACGCCUCUAAAUUAUGCACCUCCUAAUCCCAAUCCCAAUUUAUAUAAUUCAUCUCCGUAUUCUGUUCCUCCGAUUCCAUCAUACGAAACCUCAUACGAGAAUCCGGUGAAAUCCGGUGGCGGUGGCGGUGCUUAUUUUGAUGACAGAUACGGAGGUAGUUUUAAUCGGAGAAAUUCUGAUUUGGGAUCUGAAUUAUACGGUAAGCGUCACGAUGGUGGUUUGUCAAGGUAUGAAUCCGUUGGUGGUGGUGGUGAUGAAGGUUAUGGAGACGGGGUGUAUGCUUAUGAAGGAGGAAAAGUGGAACCUUAUGGGGCGCGUGGUACGGCUUCAAAGUCUUCGACUUGGAAUUCUUCGUCAACACCAUCUUUUGAUGAUUUUGGGAGGCCGAUUAGUUUUUCUUCUCCGAAAGAAUCUUCGGUGGCAAGUAAGAUUGUGAAAGCUGUUCCGAAGGUUGAUACACAAGAUGAUGUGAAGAGUGGGGUGCAGAAGUUUCGAGUUAAGCUUUUGGCUGAGAGUGGUGGUCAGAGUACAAUGGAUGUUCUCUGUCAGGUUGGUUUGGAUGGACUUCGCAUGCUAGAUCCGAAUACCAGUCGGACAUUGAGAAUAUAUCCUCUUGAGAACAUAACCAGAUGUGAUAGAUUCGAUUCAUCUACCUUUGCAUUUUGGUCGAAGAGCCCUGUAGACAUCGAGCCAAGACGAAUCAGAUUACAAUCUAAUAGUUACACUACGAACACACUUUUGGAUACUGUGACUGCUGCAACCAUACAGUUCAAGGAAAUGGGUGGAAGCAGGAGGCCUGCUGAAUCAUUUAAAACAAAUGAACAGCCUGCCGAAAGAAAGAAAGGCCUUGGUGAUUGGAUGAAUAUCAUUAAACCUGCCAACGAAGAGAAAGAUCACUGGGUCCCAGAUGAAGCAGUCUCAAAAUGUACAGCAUGUGGUACUGAUUUUGGGGCUUUUAUACGCAAGCAUCACUGUAGGAACUGCGGUGAUAUUUUCUGUGACAAAUGUACACAUGGCAGAAUCGCUUUAACAGCUGAGGAGAAUGCUCAGCCAGUACGAGUUUGCGACCGAUGCAUGGCAGAAGUGACUCAAAGGCUGAGUAGCGCUAAAGAGUCAUCAAAUAAACCUCUGUUGCAGAGCCAUGAGGAUAUGGCUCGGAAACUUCAGGAGGAGUUGGAAAGAAAUCGGAAGACAUCAGGUUCAAAGUCUGACGGAUCUGGAAAACGGAUGAAGGAAGUUGCAUGUCCUAUUUGCACUGUCCAUCUGCAGGUUCAGGUACCUAGCUCAGGUUCAGAGACCAUUGAGUGUGGAGUUUGCCAGCACCCAUUUCUUGUGAGUUCUUAUUGAGAAUUCAGAUGACAUGGAUACGGAUGAAGGUGUCUUGUGUGUCAAGUUUAUAAUUCAAUUAUUUUACCGAUCUAUUACUGCUUGUUUGCACAUUAAUGAUUGGGAUUGCCUUGUGUUUACUUUUAUCUUUGGGCUUGUUUCGUGACCAUUCUUCACCUGCAUGUUGUAUUUUUGCCCAUUGAGCUCGUGUUUAUACUUUUUUAACUUUUCGUCUUCAUUUGUCCUCUUGUAUAAAAUAGAUGCCGAACUUUCAUGUAUAUCUAUGUGAAAUUCACUCUAGUUUGAGUCGCAAGUGUUUUUCUUUUAAGGAUGAGUCACUAGUGUUGAA